UUUUUUUUUUGUUUUAAAUCAAUUUUUAUCUUUCCUUAUAAUGACUCGUUUACAUAGGUUAUUAUAUUAUUUAGUUAUUUUACUCUUCUUCUUUUUUUUAUCUAUCACUUUUUUACCAAGAUCUCAACCAACUACAAUAAAACCAACAAGUCCUCAUCAUAGUACAAAAUAUCUUUCUUGGCUUCCUCAUGGAGAAUUCACUGAUCAACAUGAAGCUUUUAGAAAUGCUAUACGACUUGGACAAGAAAUGAAUCGAACAGUAAUAGUACCUAUGCUUCGAUUGGGUAAACCUCUUUUAUGGCAACCUUUUGAACAAUUAGAACAAGCUUACAGAAACCAAGACAAGAACAAUUUACGACAAAUAUGUGAAACGGAAGAACGGCUGUUGAAUGACCCUGUUUGUACCACCCUCAAUGAUUGGACAGAAAUUCCAUGGUCCAGCCUCUUUAAUCUCAAAGCCAUCUCUAUCGAAUUCAACAUUCCGAUUAUCGAACGUACUAAAGGACAUGGAUGGGGUUUACAUGAUACUGCUGUAAUGGAUAUUACUGAUGUGGUUGUGAUUGAUGCUAUGACUUAUUCUGAAAAUACCACUUUUAUACCAAUGGAUAAAAAAACAACAUGGGGAUUCCUUGGACGACAAUUUAAUCAACGUAUUAUGAAGCAACAAGAAGAAGAAGAAGAAGAAUACAAUACAAACGCUGGACUUCCCUUAAAGACGGUCAUUAAACCAACUCAAUGGAAAGAUGUGGAACAUAGACAAUAUAUUCAAUUUGGUGCACUUUCUUCUACACCACGAUACCAAGUUCAUUCGACAUCACGACAAAUGGCAUUACGAAAAGCACUUAAUCGACAUCUUCUCGUCACACCAGAUCAAAUGGCACCUUUGAAAGCACAGGCAGAUAGCGUUAUUACAACAUUGGGUGGAAUGAAUCAUUUUAGUAGUUUACGAUUGAAUUUUGCCAAGGUAAUAGCGUUGGAUGCUCGAGUGAAUAAAAAUGCAACAACGUCAAUGAUAACGAUGGAUGAUUUGGAUACAGCGACCCAAAAAGAAUUGAUGGAUGCAGUAGUAUUGGAAGUAUUCGGUGAUAUUCCUAUCAAUCAAGCUGUUUCUGCUGCCAUGCCGGUGAAUCCUGAUUCCAAGCUUGCAAGGGUUUUAAUGGAACAACGUCAACAACCAUCUUCAUCGUCAUUCGAACGUCAACAAUUAUUGGAUGCAUGUAUUGAUUAUCGAGAAAAUAUUGAACAUCGUUACCCAAUUUAUUAUUUAGUCAAUGAUCAUAUUCCUUCUCCAGCAACUCGACCUGAUAUCUAUGGACCUUUGUUAUCCUUUUUCCCUUGUCUUUUUACCAAGAAUGAUAUGAAGCAAUGGAAUAAAUUGGACAUGGUUAGUUGGCCUUCUACUCUUUCAGUUUUACAAGAUCAAGGUGUUGAUUAUGAAAUCAUGUUGGAUCCCAUGUUGGAUAUUUUAAUUGCUGGUCAAGGUAAACAUAUAUAUAUAUAUAUUAUUUUAUUUUAUUUUUAAUCAAUACUCUAUUUAAUUAUUAUUAGGCUAUUCCUUUUUCGAAGUACCUAAUUCUCCACUUACAAGGUUUAUGAGUUGGCAACGACAUCAUAGCAAUACGACAGUUUCAUCUUAGAAUAGAUCAUUAUUACAUAUAUUACCUAGUUAUUAUUUUUAUUUAUAUAUAUAUUUUUUUUGUAUAUAAUUUUAUUUAUAAAAUCUUGCAUGAUAUUAAAGCGCGGCAUUUGAACUGAA